UUUCAGCACUGCUUGACAGGCACUUCUUCACUGCAACGAAGAGUUCUAUUGUCCCGGGAAGAGCCAAAAGUUCAUUUUCCUCUUUCAUUAAAUGAAAGUGAUAGAUUUCAUUCAAGUUUUCAAGUCUAAGAAAUAAAGAUAAAAAUGACGGAUAAAGAAGGGACGGGUGAUGGAGAACAAGAUGACAUCUCGUUUUUGCGGACGGGCGAUAUCGUUGCAAUGACAUGUAUGGCAUCAGCUAACCGUGAAGGUGUCCUUGGUUCUGAACGAGUUUGUCUCUGCACUGAAGGCUUCGGUAAUCGCAUGUGUUCACUGGAAAACGUUUCAGAUCGGGAUCUUCCACCAGAUAUAUCUAUGUGCAUGUUAUAUAUAGAUAAUGCGUUAUCAGUACGAGCACUUCAGGAAAUGAUGAGCAAUGACAAAGAACUGAGAGGAGCAGGUAGUGGCGGGGGUCAUAAAACUCUAUUGUACGGCCAUGCAGUGCAACUCAAACAUGUACAAAGUGAAAUGUAUUUGGCUUGCCUGUCAUCAUGUUCAUCGAACGACAAGUUAGCAUUUGACGUUGGCGUGCAAGAAAAUAACGAAGGUGAAGCGUGCUGGUGGACGAUUCAUCCCGCUUCUAAACAACGAUCGGAAGGGGAAAAAGUUCGCGUGGGUGAUGAUGUCAUUUUAGUUUCUGUUGCAACUGAACGAUAUUUGCACAUGACACACAGCAAAGGGUUCAUGGUAAUUGCAUCAUUUCAUCAAACACUUUGGAAUAUCACUUCUGUAAGUUCGGGAAGUGUACGGAUACGGAAUAUGGGAGCACUUUUUGGCAAUGAUGUCUUACGAUUUUUCCACGGUAACGAUGAAGUAUUGACGAUACCUGAAAAUUGGAGUGAACAUCCACAGCAUAAUAUGGCAAUUUACGAAGGCGGAGCUGCAGUCGCACAGGCCAGAUCACUUUGGCGCAUUGAAUUAAUUCGAAUCAAAUGGCAUGGAGCAUUGGUUGGUUGGGAACAACCAUUCCGGAUAAGACAUAUCACAUCCGGAAGGUACUUGGGUGUCAUGGAAAAUGUAAUUCAGUUGUACGACAAAGAUAAAGCUGAAUUUGAUACUACCGCUUUCGUUAUGUAUCAAACUAAAGAUUUAAAGAAACAACUGCUGGAAGAAAAAGAAGAGGGAAUGGGUGUUGCAACAAUUCGUUACGGUGAAACAAAUGCUUUUAUUCAGCACAUCAAAACGGAAUUAUGGCUUUCUUAUCAGACAUCGGAAAUAACGAAAAAAGGUCUUGGCAAAGUAGAAGAAAAGAAAGCCGUAGCACUGAAGGACGGUCACAUGGACGACUGCUUCACAUUUUUCAUGGCGCUUGAAGAAGAAUCCAAAUCGGCUCGUGUCAUUCGAAAAUGUUCAUCCGUGCUCAAUCGAUUCUUGAAGGGUAUUGAAGCAUUACAGCGAGAAGGCAAGCAAGCGCAGGAUUGGAGUCGUGUUGAUCUAAGUGAGGUGCUAAAACUCAUGGAGGAUCUGAUCGAUUACUUCUCACAGCCUAAUGAAGACGAUUUUGAAGCUAGUCAAAAUCGUUUACGUGCGCUGAGAAGUCGUCAAGAUCUGUUUCAAGAAGAGGGUGUGUUAAACAUGAUUCUGGAUACUAUCGAUAAAUUCUCACAAAUGGAAGCAGUAUCUGAUUUUGCUGGACUUCUUAGCGAGGAUACACAGUUAAUGUGGGAAGAAAUCUCCACUUACUUGUACCUUCUUGUUGCUGCAAUGAUCAAAGGGAAUCAUUACAACUGCGCACAAUUUGCAUCAGCUCAACGACUCCAGUGGUUAUUUGGACGAUUAUCAAAUCCGCAAUCCGCAGAAGGUAUACUAGAUGUAUUAUACUGUGUGUUGACUGAAUCACCAGAAGCGCUGAAUAUGAUCAAUGAAAACCAUAUCAAAUCGGUGAUAUCGCUUUUGGAGAAGGUCGGAAGAGAUCCUAAGGUACUUGAUGUCCUAUCAUCACUUUGCGAAGGCAAUGGGAUGGCAGUUCGAAGCAGUCAGAAUACAAUUACUCAACAUUUAUUGCCUGGAAAAGAUCUAUUAUUGCAAACGAAAAUGAGGGAUCACGUGAGCAGUAUGACGCCGAAUAUCUUAGUCGGCGUCGUUGAAGGGAGCUCACAAUUUCGGCGAUGGUAUUAUGAAGCAGAAGUUGAGCACAUUGAACAAAUGACCAAGACGGAACCAUAUCUUCGGAUCGGAUGGGCAAAUAGCAUGGGCUAUAAACCGUUUCCCGGCUCUGGUGAUGGAUGGGGCUGUAUUGGUAUCGGUGAUGAUUAUUAUUCAUAUGGAUUCGAUGGUCGAUGUAUUUAUUGCGCAACUAAGAAACACGUUAUUUGGACUCGAACAUUACAAAAAGGUGAUAUCGUUGGUUGCUUAUUAGAUCUGAAUAUUCCGGAAAUAAGUUUCACUGUUAAUGGACAAUCAACUACAGGGCUAUUCAAAAACUUCAAUAUCGACGGGUUUUUCUUCCCCGUCAUGUCACUUUCUGCGAAAGUCAGUUGUCGCUUUAUGUUCGGUGGUACAGAAGGGCGUCUGCGCUUUGGACCGCCUCCUGGAUUCAGUGCCCUAAUUGAGGCAGCAGCAAAUAAGUUGGAAAUUGGCGAAUGCGUUUCGUUCGGUGAUAUUGCAAAGAACAUAUAUACAGGCCCCAGCAUCUUACGUCAAAACACGGAACCAUUCGUACCGAAACUGGUCGACAUCUCUACCGUAGUACUACCUCACUUCGCAAUGGAAAUACAUGAAAAAGUAGCGGAAAAUUUGCAUGAAUUAUGGGCAAUGAGGAAAAUUGAACUUGGCUGGAGUUAUGGAGAGGUAAGGGACGAGAAAACUCGACGUCAUCCAUGCCUGACAUCAUUCCAACAACUACCGCCGAACGAGAAAGCUUAUAAUAUCAAUCUUGCCAUUGACACCAUGAAAACAAUCGAGGCUUUACGAUAUCAUAUGGUCUUAGAUGAACCCCCAGUUCGCUUACGAGCUGUGCGUCUCUCUCAGAACUAUCAACAAAGCAAUGGAUUCAAACCGCAGCCUUUGGAUUCUCAUGAAAUUGUUCUUGAUGAUAAUAUAUUCCCGUUGAUUGAUGCAUUGGCCAAAAAUACCCAUAAUGUUUGGGCGAGAGAGAAAAUUCGGCGUGGUUGGACUUUUGGGCUUAAUGAGUUUGUGAAUAUGAGCCAGAAACGAAGUCCGCAUUUGGUACCAUAUGAGGUGGUUGACCAGCGGAUUAAAGAAGCCAAUAGGGAGUCAGCUACGGAAUUUAUCAAGACUCUGCAGCUGUUCGGAAUCUUCUUGGAAUCACCUGUUUUAGAACACGAUGAAGGUGCGGAAAAGGAAUGGAAAGCAACAAAGGCAUUCUCGCGUACCUAUCGUGCUGAAGCAUUAUAUGCAGUUUCUAGUGGUAAAUGGUACUUUGAGUUUGAAGUGCUCACAUCAGGAUUUAUGAAAGUCGGUUGGAUGGAUGUGAGUGCACAAUCAACGGCUGAUAUCGGAAUGGAUGAUCGAUCAUAUGGAUUUGACGGAUAUUUGGCGCGUAAAUGGCAUCAAGGAGCUGGUACCUAUGGAAGAGAAUGGAAAAUUGGCGAUAUCGUAGGAGCAUUUCUUGAUCUUAGCGAUCGUACCAUAUCAUUUUCGUUGAAUGGCGAACUGCUGUUGGACCCUUCCGGAUCAGAAAUGGCCUUCGACAAUGUUCUCGUAACAGAUGGCUUCGUGCCAGCAAUGACAUUUAGUGCGGGACAGAAAGCGAAACUGAAUUUUGGCCAAGACUCAAAUAGCUUGAAAUAUUUCACCACAUGCGGUUUACAAGAAGGAUAUGAACCAUUUUGUGUUAAUAUGUAUCGCCAAAUGCCAAUGUGGUACGCCAAAAGGUUACCUCAGUUUGAAGAUAUCGGAUUGAAUUCAACAAUAGAAGUUUCACGAAUACCAGCAACCGGAAACAGUCCUCCAUGUUUGAAGAUUACUCAAAAAGAGGUUUCAUCGGAUUUUGAAAUCUUUUAUUCCUAUAAUAUUAUUUUAUCACAAUAA